AAGGAGGAGCCCUCGCCUCACGGAGCACCCCAUCUUCAACUCAGCCGCCCGAUUGAAGCCUCAAGACUCUAGCAUUUCAGAGACCAGUUCCUUCAGGAGAAGAAUCCAGGUAUUCCAAAGUCUAGGUCCAGCUGACCCUCAACGACAAGUCACUUGCUGCGUUGUGCACAUCGUCCUUCUUCCGACAGACGACAUAUCAUACAACUCACGUAUCAUGGCAUCAGAUAGGUUCAGUGCCGAGGCAGCAGCAUGGGACAACAACCCAUUUAUCCACAUUCAGAGCGAGAGCGCAUGGCAGGCGAUCCGGAAGCAAUUCCCAGGCUACUUUGGCAAUGCCAAUGACGGCAGCUUCACCGGCGUCCAGAAGCCCGCAGUCCUCGAGAUCGGCGCGGGCACGGGCACCCUCACGCUCCGCAUGGCUCCUUACGCCUCGCAGAUUGUCGCCGUCGACGCGGCGGAGGGGAUGAUCAAUGCUCUCCAGAUCAAGCUCGAGAAGCCGGACGCGGCCAAGAACGUGACGGCCAUCUACGCGCUGCUCGAGGACCCGGAGGACAAAGUCCUCCCGCCGGCAGGGGACGGAUCCGAGGGCAGGCUCAAGUACGAACUGAUCACGUCGCACCUCGUUCUUCACCACAUCGCCGACAUCCCCGCCGUGCUCAAGACCAUGUACGGAUGCCUGAAGCCCGGUGGGUGGGUAGCCCUGACGGACUUUGAGGACUUUGGGCCGGCGGCGCGCAAGUUCCACCCGGAGUCCAAAAUGGUCGGGGUGGAACGGCAUGGGAUCCCGAGGGAGUGGAUGGCUGGGCUGCUUAGGGACGCGGGGUUCGUCGACGUCGACGUCAAGGUCGCGUGGUCGACCAAGAAGACGGUCGAGAAGUUCCCGGGGGAGUUUGGAAACCAUGCUGAUGCCGCGAACGCGAGCCAGGGAGAGCCGAUGGAUUUCCCGUUCGUGCUGUGUCUUGGGAAGAAGCCAUGAUCUGAUGGCGUGAUGAUCAUUUGGCUGAUGUCAAAACCUGUUGUACUGGACUCAAAUAAGAAUCACAAAGGAAUAUGGCAAUACAAUCUGGACUAAGUGAUGGCCGGGUGUCUAUAGGGAGGCAUCAUUUGCUUGUCCACAGCAAGCACUUAGCUCCGAUGCUUCAUUGCAAAGGUGAUAUCAAUGAGACCACCAUUUCUCAUUUCCUCAUAUCAGAAGCCGAGCGCAAACGUUUAUCUCUUCUUUGUUUAGCCCAAACGCCUGACAUUAUCUCUGGGAUCGAGCAAAGGAGCUACGUUCAGAAGCAGUCAAGUGUCUUGCUGCUUUCAACAUCACUUUCGAGCAUACCAAGAAUAUCAAGAACACCAACACUAGAACUAGCAC